AUGGUGGCUGUCGUUAUUAACACCGCUACGUCGUCCGUUUCUGCCGCCUCCUCGUGUCGCCAUCGCAACCAAGAGGGUGGUUGGGUUCUUUUUGCAUUUAGAGCUCGUGUAGGUGGUUGUAUUCCCAAUGUUGGUGUGCUCCCGGGCGUGCGUGUGUUGUGUGAGGUUUAUCUUGGCCGGGAAUGGAAAAGAAUGCCCACCAUGGCCGCCAGCCAUGGUGGCUGCCACCUUCUGCCACCACAGGCCACCAUAAGGUGGUUGUGUGUGUUUAUUUUGUUUAGUGUAGAUAAUAGAAGACGGAUGCUGGAGGUGGAUGGUGGCGAUAAGAGGUGGUCGGUAGUGGUCGGAACGAUAUACAACAUAUCUAUAUCUGAACCCAAAAGCUUAAAUUUCUACAAAGUUUGUUUAUGGCUUCUCGCUAAGGAUUUAAUUUGA